AUGGCGCCAGCAACAUCCAGCGCUCUGACGCAGGUGCUGGUGGCCGCCACAGCUUGUGGCAUCGCUGCCUUCGCGGUCCGUGGUGCAGCUACAUGGCUUCAGAAUGCUUUGUUGUACCACCCUCGGCCGAUUGCGGGCGAUGCGUACUAUGAAAAAGCCAUUGCUGAGAUGUCCUCCAGAUUGCAGCAACAAGGCUAUGCAGUCAAGGAGGUGGAGUAUCUUGUCCAAAAGAGUCAUCAGAAGGCUCUCCUGGUUCAACCAGAGGAGAUGACAAAUUGCCCUUUGUGGCUGGCCUUUGGCGGAAAUGCCAUGGUUUCAGCUGACUGGCUUCCCUUUUGCGAAGCUGUCCUGAGCAUGAAGGAUGAGCGGGCAACGGCGCCGUGCUUCCUGCUGGUGGACUACCCCGGCUUCGGCUUCAACAGAGGAAAGCCCUCCCCCAGUGCUGCAUUGGAGUCAUCCAAAGAGGCCCUGGCGCAGUUGCUGAGCGACUUGGGACAUUCUGGACACUCACCAGAAUCCAUCAACUUGCUUGGGCACAGCUUGGGGGCAGCAGCUGCCUCGCAGCUUGCUGAAAGCCUUUCCCGGACUGAUGCCCAAGUGCGGACGGGUCGGUUGGUUCUGUCCUCGCCUUUUCUCAGCAUCGACGAAAUGGCGGCGGUGUUGUUUGGCGGCCUCCUGCCACGCUGGCUCCUGCGUCUGCUGGUGACCCAUCGGUGGAACAACGCCGAGAUGGUGCCCACCGCAGCCGCUGCCGGCUGGCAGGUCUCCAUAGUGCACCCACCAGACGAUGAGAUCGUUCCUUUCAAGCACGGGCAGGAGCUGCACCAGUCGGUCCGGGCCUUGGGCAGGGAGUGCGAGCUACUUCGGCCAAAGGGUUGUGGACACAACGACGUCCUAUUUGCUGCGCUGCCGGCUUACCUCAAGCUGAUGGGACUGAGCCGCUUGUAG